AUGAGCGCGUUUGCUGCACGGCAGCAACUCUGGGAGUUGGCAGCAGCGAAACACAAGGGAGGAUCUGUUUCUGAGCCUGCGACCGAAGAUGAGACAAACUUCCAGAGGAAAAGCGGUGGCCGGUCGAUACUGACAACGCGCGACGGAGAGCGACUUGUUAUUCUUGGGAGUUACGGCGUCAAGGUCUGCGAGGGAGAAGCUACGAUUGCCGGAGCCAUCCUGACCCCGUCUGACCCUAUUCAAUGGGUUCAUGCUCCCCACUGCCAUGCUGUGCCUGUUCUCCGGACCACAGACGACACCGUACUCGAACUUCGGUCUCAUCCUGCUGCCAAAGAGCUGAGACAGUUGGCAACGCUCAAUCCCGUCUUCGCCAAACUCUGGAACGAGAGUGCCCGGGAGAAAUCGACUCCGAGGCCCAAACCUUCUGCAACCUUUCAAAUUAUAUACACUUCCCAGGACGUUCCUAAGAGGGCCGUGUUGCAGGAACUCACCUCGCCACCCGAGUGGAACAAGAAGCUCUCGGGGCUGGUGACGGCGAAACGCAAAGGAACUCCCGUCAUUUUUCUCUGUGGGCCGAAGUCAUCCGGGAAGUCAACAUUCGGGCGACUACUGACGAACCGCUUCAUCACGGACCGCGGAGGUGUGAAAAACAGGCCGUGGACGAACGUGGCCGUUCUCGACAUCGAUCCCGGACAGCCCGAGUACUCACCGCCUGGAGUCAUCUCCCUGGUCAGGAUUGCCACGCCUAAUCUGUCGCCGGCGUUCUGUCAUCCUACUCUCACACCCUCAGGAGGCCAAUUGCGAGCCCACGCCAUCGCGUCCGUCACCCCUGCUCUAGACCCAGGUCACUUUAUUGAAUGCGUUCUCGAUCUCUUCGCCCAAUAUCAGCGAGGUCCAGACGCCAACUCUCCGCUCCUGAUCAACACACCCGGCUGGAUUCAAGGCACAGGCCUUGACAUCCUCACCGAGCUGAUCACGUCCAUUCGCCCGACCGAAGUCAUAUACAUGUCCCAAGACGGACCCGAGGAAACGGUCAGCAGCCUCCGGGCGGCGUGCGCCACCACUACCCCUUCUACUCCCUUCACCACUCUUCCCUCCCAGUCCAGCGAGCUUUCCUCCCGCACUCCUCUUCACUUCCGCACCAUGCAGACAAUGUCCUACUUCCACCUGAAGCGACAGCCCAGCAUUCAGGAGCAGCAAUCACCACAAAACCGCGGCAUACUCGGCAUUCUUUGUUACGACCACCAGCCGGCGCCGAGCCUUCUCGCCGAAGCCAUCAACGGCACCGUCCUCGCCCUCGUCGGCCUCGAGUCCCGCGACGCCCUGCGGGAUCUACACUACCCUCGUCCCCGCCCGGCAACCUUGGCCAGCGGUGACGAGCCCGCUCCCCCGUCAAGGGCGGGGAGAAGGAGACAGCAGGAGGAGGAAGAAGCAGAGGAGGAGGAGGAGGAGGAGGACGACAACGACGACGACGAUCAAUUGCCCCUGAUCCCCAACCCACACUCGCGCACCCUCUCACCGCGGCACUCGCGCCUCCUCGGACUGGUCCUUCUGCGCGGGGUCGACACGGCCCGCAAGGAACUGCAGCUGCUGACGCCGCUGGACGUGGAGGACGUCCUCGCCGGAUCCGGGCGCGACCUGGUGCUGGUCGCCGGGCGGUUCGAUACGCCCACUUGGGCGUACAGCGAGUGGCUGUGCCGGUCCCGGGCCAAGGGCGCGGCGGGCGCAUCGGAGGCUGCUGGGUCGGGGUCGGAGACGGAGAGCGAAAGCGAAAGCGAGGGUGAGGGCGAGAGCGAGGGCGAGGGCGACGGCGAGGGGGGAGGGGAGGGGCAAGGCCAGCGCGCCGGCGAGGAUCAGGCGCAGGUAGUGGUGGUGGUAGGGAAGGGAGACGGGCGGCAAGGCGGGGAGGAAGUGCCGUGGGUGGAGGCGUUGCAUGGCAGCCAGAAGCGCGCGGUGGGGAGUAAAGUGUGGAGGGUAAGGCGGGACCUGGGGAGGAAUUGA